CUUCUCCUUCUGUCCAUUUUUUAUUCACCAUUUUUACCUUAUUAAUAUAAUAUAUUUGCAUGCACCCCCCUUCUCUCACAGCCACAUUAGUUCAUAAACAUUUUCUAAGAACAACAUUAGCUAGAUCGAUAUAUCAAGGCGAUUUGAAUCAACAAUGGCUGGUGUAAGGGAACAAGACCAAUACAUGCCAAUAGCAAAUGUGAUAAGAAUCAUGCGACGGAUUCUUCCGUCGCAUGCAAAAAUCUCUGACGACGCAAAAGAGACUAUUCAAGAAUGCGUUUCCGAGUACAUAAGCUUCAUAACUUCCGAAGCGAACGAGCGAUGUCAAAGAGAACAAAGGAAAACGGUUACAGCUGAAGAUUUACUUUGGGCGAUGGGGAAACUAGGUUUCGACGAUUAUGUUCAACCUUUAACAUUUUACCUUCAACGCUAUCGCGAAAGCGAAGGUGAACCUGCUUCUGUUCGACGCACUUCCGCACUUGCUAUGCCUCCUCCUCAAAUUCAGAAUGCUUCUUUUUCAUCAAUUCCAAUUCCAAAUAAUAAUAAUAAUAAUUGUUAUUCUUAUGGUUAUGGUUUUGAUUUUGAUAACCAAGGGUUUUAUAGAGAUGAUGCUGGUGGUGGUGCUACUUCUUCUAAUUCUGGUGGUGCUUUUAUACCUAACUUUGAUUAUUGUUUUCCAAAUCUUAAACGUGAUAAUUAAUGAAUUAACCGAGUGAACUACUACGGAUCUUGUAUUUGCUUGACGUGUUUAAUGUUUUUAUAUAUAAGAUUUUAGAAUUACAUUGCAA